AUGAAGCAGGACUUGGAAUGGCUCCCUAUCCCGACAGCUUGGUGUCUGAAAAUCCACCGGGUCACUGACAAGGUGAUGACCCUAACCAUUGAGUCCCUGCUGGUCAGCCGGCUUAGGCCUUUGAGGCCUCCCUGCAGAAGGGAGGGGCGGCACCACAGGCUGGUAGGAGCAUCCUCUGCGCCUCACACCAAGUUGGCAAGUCUGGGUGACAUUGUUUCCUUGGAUUGGAAAUCUGUAGAUCCUGGAGUUUUGUGGGAAGCUGCUGGGGACUGUCCUGGAGAGGAGGCCUUCCUUGGUGAACUUGGGCUGGGAAGGCAGCAUCUGGUUUCUUCCAGAAUCCCUUGGAGAGAGCAGUUCCAGCCACAGCAAGAACUCACUGCCAAUACCCCUAUUGGCCAAAAAGGAGAAUCUGGUUUGAAACCCCUGCAGGGCGUGAUUCUGCGCCCUGGAGGUGAGAGAGCGCCAGGCUCAGGGGUCAAGAAGGGAGGGGCUAUCCUUUGGAGCUCGAGCUGCGACCCCUCGAGGUGCCCGGAGCUUCAUCGGUCCCUCGGCUGCCGCUUUUGGUGCAGGCUCUGCUCUCUCCCCGAAUCUCUUAUGGCUUCCUUCUCCUCCCUAGGAGAGGACCCUGCUGGGCCCCCAGGGCGGAAGAGCCGAGAGGAAGCAAUGGUCCCCCAGGUAUCAGUGACCUUCCGGGAUGUGGCUGUGGACUUCACGUGGGAGGAGUGGCAACAGCUGGAUCUUACCCAGAAGGAGCUGUACCGGGAGGUAAUGCUGGAGAACUACAGGAACCUGGUCAGUCUGGGCUUUGUGGUCUCCAGUCCAGAUGUGAUCUCUGAGUUGGAGCAAGGGGAGGCACCGUGGAUACCUGGAGGUCACUUUCUAAGAAGCCGCUGUCUAGAUUUGGACACAAGACUUCACAAGAAAUCAACUCUAGAGCUGGACAUUUGUAUAGAAGAAUCCUUCAAGAAAGGACUCUCAAGAGAUGAUUCUUGGAUUUUGAAGUUGGGAGGUGUCUGGGAAUGUUAUGCCAAGUUAGAAGAAGAACAAAGUAAUGAGAACCAACAUUUUAGACAAGUAAAAAUUACCAAAGGGAAAUCCCACAGUGAAGUGAGUGACUUUGAACAUAAAAAAAAUGGCAGAAGAUCUAAUUUAGAGCCACCUUUUUUCCCACAAAAAAGAUUAGUAAGAAAGAAUCUUCUUCAUAAAUAUGAUAGACAGAGAAAGAGCUUCAGAAAGUUUUCAGAUAUGAAACAAUGCAACAGAAUUUGUUUAGAGAAGAUAUUUUCUGAUGAUAAAUGUCAGAAAUCCUUUAGUUAUAAUUUUGACCUUAUUGAAAAACAUAGAAUUCAAAAUAGAAGUAAAUGUGAAUAUGACAAAUGUGGAAAGUCUUUCCUCCAGAGCACUGAACUUAUUCUACACCAGAGAAUUCACAGAGUAGAAAAGAUUUAUGAUUGCACUGAAUGUGGAAAGUCCUUCCAACAGAAUGCCUGUCUUAGGAAACAUCAAAAAAUUCAUAAUGGAGAAAAACCUCAUAAAAGCAAUGAAUGUGAGAAGGCAGUCCACCAGAAUUCAUAUCUUAAAAAACAUCAGAUAAUUCAUACUGGAGAGAAACAUGAGUGUAUUAAAUGUGAAAAAACUUGCCUCUGCUCCACUGAACUUAUUCAACACCAGAGAACACAUACUGGAGAACAAUCUUAUGACUGCAUUGAAUGUGGGACUUUUCACUGUCACUCAGACUUUAGUGACCAUCAGAAAAUCCAUACUAGAGAGAAACCUUACAUAUGUCAUGAAUGUGGGAAGGCCUUCCAUCAGAAAUCGUAUCUUCGCAGACAUCAAAGAAUUCAUACUGGAGAAAAACAUGUAUGUAAUGAGUGCGGGAAGGCUUUUCUACGGAUGACUGAACUUACCCAGCACCAGAGAAUACAUACAGGAGAAAAACCUUAUGAAUGCAAUGAAUGUGGGAAGUCCUUCUAUCAGAAUUCAUACCUUCGAAGACAUCAGAGAAUUCACACUGGAGAGAAACCUUAUACAUGUAAUGAAUGUGGGAAGGCCUUCCUCCGGUCCCCGGAACUUACACAACACCAGAGAACCCAUACAGGAGAAAAACCUUAUAAAUGCAAUGAAUGUGGGAAGACCUUCCGCUGCAAAUCACACCUUACUGAUCAUCAGAGAAUCCAUACAAGAGAGAAACCUUAUGUAUGCAAUGAAUGUGGGAAGGCCUUUCUCAGGAGUACUAAUCUUAGUCAGCAUCAGAGAACCCAUACGGGAGAAAAACCAUAUGAAUGUAAUGAAUGUGGAAAAGCCUUUGGUCAAAAAGCACAUCUUACUCAUCAUCAUAGAAUUCAUACUGGAGAGAAACCUUAUGAAUGCAAUAAAUGUGGAAAGACCUUCCGCCAGAAUUCAUACCUUAGAAGACAUUUGAGAAUUCAUACUGGAGAGAAACCUUAUGUAUGUAAUGAGUGUGGAAAGGCCUUCCUUCGGGCCACUGAACUUAGUCAGCACCGUAGAACACAUACAGGAGAAAAACCUUAUGAAUGCAGCGAAUGUGGGAAGACUUUUGGACAAAAGGCAAAACUUAUCCAACAUCAUAGAAUUCAUACUGGUGAGAAACCUUAUGUAUGUAAUGAAUGUGGGAAGGCUUUCAUCCGGAGCACUAAUCUUAAUCAGCACCAGAAAACUCAUACUGGAGAAAAACCUUAUCAGUGCAAUGAAUGUGGAAAGGCUUUCUGUCAGAGAGCAGAUCUGACCCAACAUAAUAGAACUCACACAGGAGAAAAACCUUAUGUAUGCAGUGAAUGUGGGAAGGCCUUUUGUCAGAAGGCAGCUCUUACUCAACAUAAUAGAAUUCAUACUGGAGAGAAACCGUAUGUAUGCAGUGACUGUGGGAAGGCUUUCCACUGGAGCACAGUGCUCGUACAACAUCGGAGAACCCACACAGGAGAGAAACCUUUUGAAUGCAGUAAAUGUGGGAAAUCCUUCAGUCAGAGGGCAAAACUUAUUAGACAUCAGCGAUUUCAUACUGGAGAGAAACCAUAUAAAUGUUUAGAAUGUGGAAAGGCCUUCUGUCAGAAAGCAGAUCUUACUUUACAUAACAGGAUUCAUACUGGUGAAAAACCUUAUAAAUGCAAUGAAUGUGGAAAGACCUUCCGCUAUAACUCACACCUUACUCAGCAUAAGAAUAUUCACACAGGAGAGAAACCUUAUGAAUGCAAAGAAUGUGGAAAAGCCUUCUUCUGGAGAACAGCCCUUAAUCAGCAUCGACAAAUUCACACAGGGGAGAAAACUGCUUAAUGUAAUAAAUGUAGAUGAAUUCAGUUUUCAGGAGCACAGAUAAUAUUUGACAGUAGAGAAUUCAUAUACGCUAUGGUGUUAAAUUCAGCAGGAAGUUCGUUUUUCAGGAACAUGGAACAUCUUUGAAAUAGAGAAUUCAUAUAGGACAGAAUAUGCAGCCUCAGCAAGUGAUUCAGAAUUACUGAAUAUCAGACAGUUCAUACUAGAGAGAACUUGUUUGAGUUUAAUGAUUGAGUUAAGGCUGUUUUCCAGAAAUAUAAAGUUUUGCUAAGUAUCAUAUUUAAUAACAGAGAAGAGCUAUAUGAAUGCAUAGUAGUUGAGAAUUCCAUCUGUGAAUGAAUAGUGGUGAAGCACAAAAAGUACCUCAGGAGAGGGUUGGUUUAGAAUGAGACAUGCCCUUUUACACACACACACACACACACACACACACACACAAUUUCUUUUGUGUAACUACUCUUGUUACAUAGGAGAGCUGAGUUGGAGAAAUGAUAGUAAUAUUUAAAAAAUCCUUAAUAUAAUAUGGAAAGCAAGUCCCUGUUCUAAAUCACACAACUUAAUGUCAUACAUACAUUCUAGCAAAGAUAAAGAGUAUUGAGUAGGGUCUAGUUGUACAGAACUAGUUGAAUAGUUAUGCCCAAAAAAUAUUCAAUACUGGUUUAGGUACAAUUUACUGGGUGGCCUCUAUGUAAGUGCCUUAGAGAUGAGUUCUUGGACCUUUGCUGUUUUCAAUUUUUAUAAAUGAUCCAUAUAAAGGCUUGGAUAUUAUGCUUGUGAAUGGCAUAGAGAUGGUAAGCAUACUUAACAUAAUGGAUGACAUUUAAGAUUUUAAGAAACCUUAAUGGAUUGGAACAUUGAACUGAAUAUAAAAUUAAAAAGAAGAUAUUGAUGCUAUUAUAUUUGGGUUCUACUAGUCCAAAUUCCAAGUUACAAAAUGGGGGAAAAAGAGGUAGAAAAUAGUUUGUUUCUAAAAAAAUUGGUUUCAAAAUGACAAGGAUAGUAAUUGACUAUUGAGGGAACUGUAGAGUUCAGGCAUUAUCGGUAGAGCUACGAAUUGGUCUGACCAUUUUUGGGAAAUAAUGUGAAAUUAUGCCCCCAAAAAUCACCAACCUAUUUAUAUGUAUCACCUAUUGUGAUCCCACUUCUGUUCGCAAAGCCCAGGAAAUUAAAGACAUCAAGAAAGGUCCCUAAUCUAAACCAAAAUACCCAUUUUUUGUGAUAGCUAAUAUAAAUCCCAUUGUCUGGGGGAAUAAACAAAUUCUGGAAUAGUUGUAUAAUUAUAGGUUAUUACACUACAAGAAAUGGCAGUUAUGAAGAAUUUAGAAGUACAGAGAAAUAAGUAUAUGAAGUGAUAUUAAGGAAAGCAGAUCCAGGAGAACAGUCUACACAUUGACUACAACAAUGUGAAUGAAAGCAAUGCUAAAAAGUAGGCAAACUAAUUAAGCAAUAAGCAGUUAUGCUGCUACUGUAAUUCAGGCAUUGUGCUAAAAGUUUUUUGGUUUCUCUGAUGCUUUACGAUGUAACCUUUUAUAGCUUAGUCCUGCAUCUGUUUGAAGCUUAUUUAGCUUAGUAUCAGUUGUUGGUCUGAAUCUAACUUCUCCCAGACAGCUGUUCAGGGUAGUGACUCCUAAUCUUAAUAGGAGUCUUUCUGUAUGUCAACUACUAGGCUAUUAGAUCCCUCCUGCCAAAUUUGUUUCCCUAAUUGAUUUGUUUUUGGCCAGUGCAACAUGUUUUGACAUAUUUUUGUUCUAAAAUGUAGUUUUCGAUCUGGUACUGCUGUACCCUCUUCUAUUUUGAAAUUUUUUUUUAAAUUUCCCUUAAGAUUCUUGAUUUUUUUUUUUUUGCCUCCAUGUAAAUUUUAUUAUUUUUAAAGAAUCUUUGGUAUUUUGAUUGUAAUAACAUUAAAUGAAUAAAUUGAA